CGCGGUACUUAGUCGCAGCGAGCCGGGCCGAGAAAAAUGGAACCGUUCGAACCCGACCCACCGCCUCGUUCUCCGUCGUCGCUGGAGGUCCACACGGUGGACGCCGUGGACUCGCCGGAGUUCGCGCUCCUCCUCUGGUCCCUCCGUAGCUGCCCCGUCGUCGGCCUCGACGCCGAGUGGAAACCUGUCCGAUCUGUUAGCCGCGACCACCACGUUCCACCUGGCGAUGGAUUGGGGCGGGAUUCGCCCCCCGCCGCCGCUGACCUCCUCCCUCGGUCAUUCCCGACCGUGUCCCUCCUCCAAAUCGCCUGCCGUUUCCUCCGUAAGCCUACGGAUCCAAGGGUCGGUGACUCGCCGGUGUUUUUGGUGGACUUGCUCUCCGUCCCGCUCGGUGCCCUUUGGGAGCCGCUCAGGGAUAUGUUUGAGUCACCGGAUGUAAUCAAGCUUGGGUUCUGGUUCAAGCAGGAUCUGAUCUAUCUUUCUUCCACAUUCUCUGCCCAAGGAUACGAUCCUGGCUUCGAUAGAGUGGAGCCUUUUAUAGAUAUCAUCAGCAUUUACUAUCACCUAAAGAAUCAACACAUGGGGAAGAAACAUCCGAAGAACAUUAAGAGUUUAGCAAGCAUCUGCAAGGAACUGCUUAAUGUUUCCUUAUCAAAGGAACUCCAAUGCAGUGACUGGUCUUGCCGUCCUCUAAGUCAAGAUCAGAUACUAUAUGCUGCAGCUGAUGCAUAUUACUUGCUUGAAAUAUUUGAAGUAUUCCAACAUAAAAUCAUCACCAAAGCAAAUAGCGCUACAACAAACGGCAGUGAGAAGGAAAUGAUUUCAGAAUCAAGUUUCUCCAACAUACUACCAAGUCCUGAUUACUGUGAAGAACUUGAUACGCUUGAUGAUUAUCUCUCAAACAUUGCCCAUAGCUAUGGUGAUAAAUUACUACUGCAAGAGUCAGACAAAAGGCCUAGGACUUCAAGACGCAGAGAAAGAAAAAGGUUAACUAGUCAUGUUAAGCACACAGAGAAAUUGAUUUCUGAUGAAGAUUGGCAAGGUCCUCCUCCAUGGGACAUAUCUUUCGGCGGUGAUGGAAACCCAAAGUUUCUCUGUGAUGUGAUGGUAGAAGGGUUGGCGAGACACUUGCGCUGUGUUGGCAUUGAUGCUGCUAUCCCAUCUUUAAAGAAACCUGAUCCAAGACAUUUAUUGAAUCAAGCUUACAAAGAGAAAAGAGUCCUAUUAACACGAGAUGCCAAGCUCUUGAAAUAUCAAUAUUUAGCAAGGAAUCAAGUAUACAGGGUGAAGAGUUUGCUUAAGAAUGACCAACUAAUUGAGGUGAUUGAGACCUUCGAAUUGAAGAUUUCUGAGGACCAACUUAUGUCAAGAUGCACAAAAUGCAACGGAAGCUUCAUCCAGAAACCACUGACAUUGGAAGAGGCCGUCGCGGCUUCAAGGGGAUUCCAGGUCAUUCCUAACUGCCUCUUCGACCGGAAUCUGGAGUUUUGGCAAUGCACUGACUGCAAACAACUAUAUUGGGAGGGAACCCAAUACCGCAACGCAGUGGAGAAAUUUGUGGCAGUUUGCAAGUUGAAUGAUUGAGACGCCGAUGCCCAACAAAAUUCUUUUCAAAUAGGGUGGCUUUGCUACUUCACCCCGUCCUCCAUCAAGAUGCCUUUGUGUAGACUAUCAUCAACAUUUGAGCAAAUGAGUUUGUGUAGAGAGAGAGGCCUGAGUUUAGCCUUUGUCCUAAUUAUUUAUCAACGUUCUUAGGUGUUCUUUUAAUUUGAAUCUUCAUUUGAUGGCACAUGUAAUCCAAAAUUUUCAAUUAGAAUGAAAUAUAGGUAAUAGUUAACUUA